AUGGCCAAUGUCUACGAUGACCAAGAAGGAGGCGGCUUCCGUCGACGGAGACCCCGACCAAUUACCGAUUAUGGCUCCUCCAUGAUUCAGUGGAUGAGCAACCGAAAACCACCUUACAAGGGAAGCUAUCACUAUGAACAAGAAAGACCUAGCCAAAGCUAUGUUAUCGACAUAUUGCCGCCCCCAGCUCGAAGAGAUGCCCCUGCUGAGUCGAUACCCGUUCGCCAUCUUCACACCUCUUUAGGUAAAUCGAAAAAGCCGGUGACGGUUGUGCGGUGGAUGCCCGAAGGCCGUCGACUUCUUGCCGGUGUGCACAAUGGAGAGUUCAUGCUAUGGAACGGCAUGUCUUUCAACUUUGAGACUGUCACUGCUAUGGGCUCCAGUUCUCUACGCGCUGCCGAGUGGUCGAAUCGAAAGGAUUGGCUCGUCGCAGCAAACGACGAAGGCACCGUGUACUAUCUACAACCAACUCUGAACAAUCCCCAUCAAUUCAAGGGCCACGAUGCGCCAAUUAGAGAUCUUGCGUUUGCGCCCUCUGAUGCAAAGUUUGUCACCGCUUCUGAUGACAACACUCUCAAAAUCUGGGACUUCACCUCUUCCACCAACGAAUCGACGUUCACAGAGCAUGGUUGGGACGUAAAAGCCUGCGACUGGCACCCCACAAAAGGCCUUGUCGUCUCGGGAAGCAAAGACCACAGCGUGCGACUAUGGGAUCCUCGGACCUGCAGGAAUCUUACCACGCUGCAUGGUCAUAAAAACGCCAUCACGGCCACAGUUUUCAGCCGGCUUCGCGACCAGUUACUGGCAACAGCCGGCAGAGACGGUCAAACCCGCAUUUUUGACUUACGUAUGAUGCGCGACGUUGCCAUCUUGCGAGGCCAUGAGAAAGGUGUGACUACGUUAUCGUGGCACCCAAUUCACCCCAGCCUUAUCAGCACGGGCGGCGACGAUGGCUCCCUGCAUUCCUACUUACUCACAGAACCAAAUACACCCGCUGGUGUCUCUUCCACAACGACCUCGCCCUAUGCAUCAUCAGACCCACGCUCCGCACCCGCACAAUCAAUCUAUCCUGCCCACCGCAUUCCUCACGCGCAUGAUUCCUCGAUCUGGUCUAUCGACUGGCACCCAUUAGGGCAUAUUCUCGCAUCGGGCUCUAAUGACCACUAUACGCGCUUCUGGUCCCGCGCACAGCCCGGGCAGACGACCUGCUUCAAAGACCAAUUUCACCUGGGUGAAGAAGGGGCGGAAGCACAGGGCACAUGGGAUAGAAAGUUUGGGAGGAAGCAGGCGAAGGAGCUCGAGGAGCAAGAAGAGCAAGAUGAGGCAGAGGGACUGGAAGAUCAGGCAAAUCAGGGACAAGCAGCCACCGCUGGCGCAGGCUUGUCAAUUCCAGGGUUGCCUGGUCUCCCUGGUAGAGGAAUGAAUGGGACGGCGCAACCGAUUCCCGGCAUCGGUAAUGUUCCUCCGCCACCAUUAUCUCUCUUGUCAGGGUUGCAGAGCAAUGCUAGUGCAACUGGUAACCUGGGCCGGCCUUCAUCGCGAGGUAGUCAAGGCCAGACUCACGCGACGGUUCCUCCAAUCCCACCAUUCCCUCCCGUACCAGGCAUGGACACCGAAUCCAUUCAGCGCCUGCUCGCCUUGACCCAACAGCAGCAGCAAGCCGGUCAACAACCACUACCAGGCACCUCCGCUGUACCGCCGAUCGACUUCACGAAACUCAACCUGCUGCCCGGUUUCCCACCCCCUCCGCCGGUCGCCGGUAGUCAGAUGCCGCCUCCUCCUAUCCUCGGCUCUGCUCCGGCUGCUGCUGGAAUUCCCGGUAUCGGAGGAGGUGGAGGUAUCCCAGGCCUCUCUGGCAACGGCGCAGGUGCACUGAUAAAUGCCACCACCAUCUCUGGUAGUACCGGUGCCAGUGCCGGUGGCAAUUCGCGGAGGCGAGCGCCGCUGCCAAGCCAGAGCGAAGGAUUCAAGGCCGAGCAAGCAAGAGGGAACUAUCGCGUUCCACGAUAG